AGCCGGAUUUCUUUCAUAUAAAAGAAAAAAAGUUAUUUACUUUUUGAAACAAAAACAAAGAAAAAAACACUUUUGUUUAAAUUAUCCCUUAAAACUAAAGUUUUUACAAUCUUUCAAAUACAAGAAUAUUUAUAGUUAGUUAAUUUUAUUAAACUUUAUUGUACUAAUAAAUUAUAUACAGUUUGGUUUAUGAUUUGUAACCAACUUCGAACUAUUCGAAAAUGUCAUUUAAUCGUUCUCGUCGAGCAGGAACAAAUUUUGGGGCUGGUAAUGGAUAUGGUCGUCAGAUAAAUCCAUGGGAUGCUAACAAUUCAUUUAGAAACACUGAUGCGUUAGCUUUAGCUAACAAUCUUAUUUCCAACCUUUUGAGAAACCAAACUGCAACGCCACCCUCAUUAAUCGAUAUGGCUGCAAGAAAUCGUGGUUAUGGUGGUAGUUAUGAUUAUGAUGAUAGGAUGGUUAAUCGAAACAUGGUUAGUCACAGAAAUAAUAUUCGUCGUGCUCGAGAUAUGAGGAAGCUUGACUCAAAAAAUCGGCCAAAAAAUAUUUUAGUGAAAAGUACUAUUUCCAAUUCUAAUACAAAGUUUGAAGCCGAUUCUACUGACAAUUAUAAGAAAACCGAUCAAAGCAACAUGAAGGAAAAAAAAACAGAAGAUAGGAAUAAGAGUGAGGAGCGUAAAUGUGCAUCAUCGUUAUAUUCAAACAUUCCCAAUGACAUGUUUUAUUGUCAUUUAUGUACAAAACAUAUGUGGGAUGCAUUAUCUUUUGAAAAUCAUCUGAAAGGACGAACACAUCAAAUGAUGAAGGAAGGUAUCGAAGAAAGUUAUAGUUUAAAAGCCAAUAUGAUACGACAAGAGGCCAAAAUAGCUGAACAGCUUAAAUCAAUUGAGAUCGAUCGUUUAAAACGGUUAGGAAAGCAAAUAAGAGCAUCUAAUCAACAUCGUGAAUAUUGUAUUAUGUGUGACUUGCAUUUUUAUGGUCAUUUGUCCACUCAUCGCAAGUCUGACGGCCACUUGACGUUAAAAAAAUUUCUUCAUCCAAAAUGCAACGAUUGUAACACUGAAUUUCAUAAUCGUUCUGAAUACGAUGAACACUUAUUAUCACCUUGUCACUUACGAAACUCUAAGACGAAACCUACGUCAAAAAGUGAAGAAAGGAAACGUAAUCAAUUGCACAUCUUGAAAGAAAUAGACGAAAUUCAAGGAUUACGUGAAGUUAAAAAGCUGAAAGAAAAGAAAAAAGGAAUGGAUCAAGAAAAGUCUAUUGAAGAAACUGAAGCAAUAGAAACGGAUGAAUUAGAAAAGGAAGAUGAUGGAGAAGAUGAACUUCAUCCAGCAGAAGAAUCAGGUGACGUUAUUUUAGACUUUAUUGAUGGUGUAUCUGAAAUCGAUGCUGAUAUUGAAACUCGGUUGCCGAAAUAUAAUUCUAAUCGUCCUGUAGGUUUUAGUAUGAUCCACAAAUUAGAAUGCUUUGAGUGUCGUCUUUGUACGAAAUAUAUGGAUACAGAAAAAACUGCUGAGAUACACUCUCGAACAAUGUCUCACCAUCGCAACUUUUUAAAGUUUUUAAAUGAAAAAGCAAAUGAGACAAAAAUUGCACAAAAAAGAGCUGCAGCAGUAUUAGAAGACAAUGAAAGAAAACGUGUUAAAUUAGAAGAAUUUUCUAAGAAAGGAAAUGAUAAAAAUCUAUACAAUCCAUCUGAAAUAACAGGCGAUGAAGAAAACAAUGGGAAUAAAAAUGACGUAGAUGAUGAAGAAAACACUGAGGAAAAACCUGUAAUAAAAGAGGACACAGUCUCUAAGGAAAGCAAAGUUAUUAUAAAGGAAAGUGACGAGAAUCAAGAUCAUUUAACACGAAGACGAGGACGAGCUAAAUUUUAAAUCUUUAACUUCAUUUCUUUAUUUAUUUUUCGAUAAAAAAAUCUUGAAAACAUGAAUUUCACUUGUAUGUCACAAUGCUAAUGUAGGUUGACCAUAUUUUUUUUGUAUGCUUAAUGUGUUAUAUUAAUUACAUAUAUUAAAAUAACAAUAGUCAUUUUAUACAUAGUAAAAUAUACAAAAACUACCUAUUUAUUUAUUUGAAAACAUCUAGAUCAUACAAAUCUUCGAAUUAGAAUACAUUAGCAGUACUUAG